AUGGUCGGUAAUAUCGUUGGUCCGACGCCUCCCGAUAUUAAAGAGAAAUGCCUUCACUUAUGUCGUGACUAUUUGGGAGGCGUUUGGCUUAAUAUAACCGUCGCUGAUAUUAUAGUGAAGAGAAUAACAGGCGGUUUAGUCAACCAAUUAUACUAUUGCGGUAUUAAUGAAGACAAACAAACCAGUGAUGAAAAAGUGCCGCAAGAAGUGUCCAUAAGAUUAUAUCAAAAUAAACUGUUAAUCAAUUUCAAUAAUAAAGGCUACGAACGGCUGACGGAUGUGAUUAUCGCACAGUUAUUGUCGGAGAAACAGUUGGGACCAAAAAUAUAUGGUCUCUUCGAAAGCGGACAAAUCAUGAAAUACUAUAAGCACAAACGUUUCCGCAAUGAAGAGCAAAAUAAUCCGAAACUUGUGGCCGAAUUGGCCUCAAAAUUGGCCCGAAUUCACGCCACAGAUGUGCCCAUACGGCGGACUGUGUGUCCCGUUUUCAACAAUUACGAUAUGCUUUAUAGCGAUGCCAUGCGUUUGUUUGAUAUUAAUUUAUUGGUCAACGAAUGCAAUUGUGAGACAUUAAGGGAUCAUAAUUUGUCCGAUGAGUUACUAUGGCUUAGAAAGACUGUGGACGCCGUCGACUCUCCCAUUGCUUUCACACAUUUAGACUUCAGAGGGGGAUAUGAUUUCGGAUCAGCAUUUGCUGAUUGGGGCCGACUCUGGGAUAUAGAAGACACUCGCAUACAGUUUCCCACAGACAAUGAGAUUAAGCCAUUCGUUGAGUCCUAUAUGAAAGAGUCGGUGAAAAUAUUUGGCAAAGAGUUUACGAGAGAUGAAAGAAAUUCAUUGAAGAAUCUCAUAAAAGAAGUGAAAGUUUUCUCGUUAUGCGGUCUUAUGUUUUACACUUUAUUUACACUCAAAAUGAAUCAAUCAUUCAAUCCUGACAUACCAUUUGAUAAGAAGGCUGUUAUGCAACGAACGGAAUAUUUUUACAAGAAUUACUAUAAUCUCAAAGAGAGGAUUAUUAAAGAAAAUCUACUCAACAAACCGUAA